GGUGGCGGCGGCGGCGGGUGAAGGGCAACGGCGGCGAUGGGUGCUACGGGCUGAUUGGUAAAGAUGGAAAGAGGGAGAGGAGGAGGAGGAGGAGGUGGAGGAGGAGGAGGAAGGAACGUGGGGGGCUCCGGCCUGCACAGGAGCAUCUAUUCCCAGUCCCAGCAGCAGUACCAUUACACGGCCCCCUCUCAGGGGGGCUGCAUGGAGAUCCAGGAGCUGGCCUCCAAGAGGGUGGACAUCCAGAAAAAGCGAUUUUAUCUGGAUGUGAAGCAGAGCUCCCGGGGCCGCUUCCUGAAGAUCGCAGAGGUCUGGAUCGGGAGAGGAAGGCAGGACAACAUCAGGAAAAGCAAGCUGACGCUCUCCCUGUCGGUGGCCGCCGAGCUGAAGGACUGCCUGGGCGAUUUCAUCGAGCACUACGCCCACCUGGGCCUGAAAGGUGGCCACAGGCACGAGCACAGCAAUGGCAAGGAGCAGCACUCGAGGCAGCGCCAGCAGCACCCGCCGCCCUCGCCCCCGGGCUCUGUGGGCUCGGAAGAGCACCCUCAUAGCGUCCUCAAAACAGAGUACAUCGAGAGGGACAACAGAAAAUAUUACCUUGACCUGAAGGAGAAUCAGCGGGGCCGCUUCUUGCGGAUCAGGCAGACGAUGAGCCGGGGACCUGGCAUGAUUGGUUAUUUUGGCCACAGCUUGGGACAGGAGCAGACUAUUGUCCUUCCAGCGCAAGGGAUGAUCGAGUUCAGGGAUGCUUUGGUCCAGCUGAUUGAAGAAUAUGGCGAGGGGGACAUGGAGGAUCGCAGGGGUGGGGGAGAUGAGCCCCCUGAGCUCCCUGAGGGCACCUCCUUCCGGGUGGACAACAAGAGGUUCUACUUUGAUGUGGGAUCCAACAGGUAUGGCAUUUUUCUGAAGGUAAGUGAGGUGAGGCCACCCUACCGUAACACCAUCACAGUUCCAUACAAAGCGUGGACAAGGUUUGGGGAAAAUUUUAUCAAGUAUGAAGAAGAGAUGAGGAGAAUUUGCAACAGCCAUAAAGAAAAAAGGAUGGAUGUCAGAGGGGACAGUGGUGAAGAGCAAGAGGGUCUCGAAUAGAGUGCACUGAACUGGCCGUCUGGCAAAAUAAAACAAAAAGCAGAUAUUGGUGAGAGGGACUCAUCUAUAGUAAUUUGAAGUUGCCCCGUUUUGUUUUUUUUUGUAAAGUCCUUUUCUGGUAGUCUGUACUAACUCUAGUACAUAAUAUUAUGGGAGUCGGGUUAUCAUGCUAUAUUACGCCCAAAACAUCUCUGUAUUUCUUAAGAAAGUACCAACCUCCCAAGUCUGUAUGAGUCAGCUUCUUUGAGUGUGGAAGACUAUGAAAGUUUGCAUAUCAGCACAAAAAAAAAACAAAAAAAAAACAACGGCAUUCUGACCUUUAAAUAGUCUAGAUAAGGCUUGUGUUGCACUUCAGCGUGGUGCAGAAAAAGCCCUCGCGCUGAAAUGUAUCAGUUUCUGCUUAUGGCAGUUUUUCUGGAACUGAACUCUGCCUGUACGCGGUAAAAAGGCUGAAGAGCUGAGCCAUAGGGCACUUACUGCAAAAAUUGUCUUCAUGUUAAUUGCUCAGACAUGUACGAGGAGAGGGAGAUGUUUAAAAAAUUGGUAUCUGCUGGUUACUGAGUUUGAAAUGAUGUUCUUUGUGGGUGAAAUCUCAAUAACCAGUCAGACCUUUAAUACUGUGCUAGUGGAGAGCAGAAGAUUUGUUAUUAAUCUCAUAGUUUUGUGCUAACCAAAUAACCUGAGUAUCCCAGGAUAGUGAAACUGUGCUCGAGUGCUAAGCCUUCCAAAUUAAUGGCAACAAGUCAUAAUCCAUUCUUCAUCUCAGUGUUCUGCCCACGCAGGGCUGAUGAGUUUUUUAAUGCAUUCCUCAAAAGUUCAAAAGCUAUUUUCGUAGCCGGGGUGUUGUGGGUUCUGGCAGGAGGCUGUGGGACGGGUGUGCUGAACCAGAUGGCUGCUGUGAUUGAGGUUCCAGGGUUCCCUCCCAGUUGUGAGAUGAACGCAGCCAUGUUGUUACACACACGAGGACAACACCUGGGCAUUUCUCUCCUCCUGCUGUGAGGAAGACCUUUGGGGGGUUUGGUGCACCAUUUGAUCCAUAUCAAAUUGCAUCUCUGUCCUAUCAAUCUGUAACGCAUUUUCAAAGCCAUGGUUAAGGCUGCGUCAGAUUUUCUGUCACGUUGAUUUUACAGAUGUUAUUAGUACAACAUAAUACCAGUGCCCUGCCAUCACCUCCUUCCUGCCCUGUCGAAGCUGGAGCUGAAAUCCAGCAAUUUGAUGCCUGGUUACUGACUGCUAGCUUUGUGCAAAGUCCGCUGGCAGCUCUGCAGCCUGAACCUUACAGUCCUUGCCAGAAGAAUUCUCUGCUGGGAGGGAAAAUGCAUAGAAUUAGCAGGCCUGAAGAGUAUGAGAAUUCUUGGUCGUUUCUUAGAAAACGGAUACAUAUCAUUCAAGGGGCUUUUUCAGCCAUUGGGUGCCGGUUCCUCUCCUGAAAUCACUGGGAGUUUGGUUGAGCUCCAGGUACUUUAAAGAAUGUGUUGCCCACCUUUAAGGAUUUUUUGAAGGAUGUAUUACUCUGUCUAGUCAGAUAUUUAUAAUCACUUGCACUGUAUUUUGCAAAGUGGCCAAGUGUGCAUGUGGACCAGAUGUUUUCCAACUCAACCAUUCCACUUCUUUUAAAAUCUGUUCAGAAAGGUAUUUAUCUUCACUCUUAGUCUGGACCCACCUGCACGCUGCAUGGCCACACUAAAUCCAGAAGCUAUUGCCUGUUAUGACAUUAACCAUAGCAAGAGAAGCUGGGGAGGCAGGGGUGGGAACUAAGAGGAUAAUCUGGACUUUAUUUUGGGUACUAAUAACAGUCAAUUUGAUUUGACUUAAAAAAAAAAAAAAAAGAGGAAAAAGAAAAAAAAAGCUUGCACCAAAGUCACCAAAGAACCUUUAGGAAAUGUUACAGUUGUGACAGAAAGUAAGAAAAUUAAUUUCACUGUUUUAGGUGAUUUGCCCUUUACUUAAAACUACAUAUAGCAGUUACAGCAAGCAAACAUUUGGCUUAGCGUCACAACAGCCAUCCAUUUCUGCACAGAUUGCUCUUUCAGGUACUUUUUCAAGUCUGUAAGAGAUUUUCUCAUUCCACCACUUCAACUGCUAGCAGACCACAAUGAAUCAGCUAGAGGCAUUAUGGGGUACUGGUUCAUCUUUGCUUCUAGGCUUUUGGUCGCAACAUUUUUAACAGGUUCGGUUAGCAAACCAUGACAAUAACUUCUCGUCCCAGUUGGUGUGAAACCAGAGUUUAGCAAGCGAGUCCUGGAUGCACAAGUCAGCACAUCGCUGGCUGCUGCUGCCCAUCACAGUGCCUGGAGUAACCAUGAACUUAACACAGAUCCCAACCAACUGGAGUUAUGAAUGUACAACUCUUUUAUGCUCGCCUUCCCGCUCCCGUGUGGCACUCCUCCCCUACGCACUCAACAUCUUCCAGUCCAAGCCCACGUCUGUGUCAGUGCAUCGUAAAAGCUGCCGUGUUGGAAUCUGCUUAGGUUAGGUGUGCGUAGUAAGUGGUCAUGCAUUCCUUCUGUUCCUUUGAUGUUAGUAAGGAAAAUACUUGCAAUGGGCAAAGUGAUUGAAAAGGCCUGUUUAUUCAUCGUGUCUUUUGUUUAAGAAAAAAAAAAAAAAGAUGAGAUGCAAAAUGGCUCUCAUUAUUGCUACUCACUUGCCAUUUUGACAAAAGGGUAACUAAAUGCAGCUGGCUGUAUCUUAGUUAGACUGGUAUCUCUGUGCGUUUAACCCAUUUUUUUUUUUUAAUCUUUUUUCUGAGUUAAUUAAUUGGCCUUCUGAUUGCAUUAGUGUAUUGUAAAUAGCAGCCAGGAAUCCAGUGUUUGCUGGCUGUGAGGCAGGGCUGGGUUCCGUGGGAUUCACUAAUGCAUGUACUCUCCCCGUGUGGGAUGCACCUUAGUAUCCAAAACUGGAUGGGAUCUUCAAGUUCACAGCCGACUACCAAUGCGUAAACCACUAGCAACAGGUUUCCACGGAAAUGUAAAGCACUGGUGCUUGCAAAUAUUGUCAUUGGAGGAUAAAACAGACUAACUCAAAAUGUAGCAAUGCAAGAUUGUACCGGUUAGAUUUGGAAACGGGUUCAUCAUUAUUUUUGGCAGUGCAUUUUCAACCUCUGAGAGCAGCAAUAAUGUAGGCUGCUUGUGUGCAGAAGGGCCCGUUGCAAUGCUUGGGAAUGCUGUUCCUCAUGCAUUUCAAAUGUUCAUUCCUUGUGCCCUAAAACUGCCAUGUCCCUUAAACUUGAGAAAACACAAGCUUAUUUGCACUAGAAAGAACGGCCAAAAACAAUUCUAGGAGGACAGGGUGAAGAGUACCAGUCUGAACCUCUUUUCUCAUGAGAGAAUUUCCUAUUGAAGUCCUCACCUCUGUUUCAAAAUUGUAUGGUCCAGACAGAAGUCUGUCAGUUCAAUAAGAAAAUCCUAAUGCACUUUAUAUUGUGUAAAUAAUAGGAGCACAUUUCUGCCACUGGUCUGGCAGGGGGUGCUUCAGCAUUGUAAUCUGAAUCCAGAAGAGGUCGUAUCCUGCGUGCAUGUGCCUGAUACGGACCUGUUGUACCUUCUUGACCCAGUUCCUGGACAGGCGUGGUGGUACGGCUCCUCUGAGCUCAUCAAAGCGGGACACUGAGAUGUAGUGUGCAGUGCUGCUGAACAGCCUGAGCUGGUAGCAGUGCCUUCUGCGGCUCUCUGGGAGCUUAGGUCUGCUUUGAACAUUGAUGCUGAGCCUGACAAACAAGAUUUUCAAGGAUGUAGCGUGGGCCACACUGAGUUCUUGUGCUUAGCUUUCCCUUACAUCAGUGCGGACACUCGUGCUGUCCCUCAACAUCUUGUUUUGAGAAUAAGGUGUUGUGGAAGCUUUGCCAGCUGACCCCCACUGGCUGUGAAGAAGCAGCCUUUCUUGGCAAAGGACUAGCAGAGCAGCACACUGACAAGGGGCUGGAAGGCUUCCUGUGGCCAGGUUCCCCCCAUGGCACUGCAAGGAGGUGACAAAAAUCACAUCUUGGGGACACGCAUGGUGGGCUCCACCGUGAAAGAUGCAGCCGUGGCAGUAAUCUGCUCUUUGUCGUGUUUCUUGUAUGUACUCAAUAUAUAAAAAAUCAUAUUCACGUAUAGGCAUUGAUAUAUUUAUGUGAGUAUAUUGUAGCCUGUAGUAGCUCGUAACAAAAUAAUCUAUUUAUCUGAAGUACACAGUCUAAAGAUGGGGCUUAAAAGGCAGUUUCUCAUACUAUCAUUUUGGAUAAACGCGUUAUUUCACUGAGAGCACUUUGCCUGCUGCUUAUCAUGGCCCUUUUAAGAUUUUGGCUUUUAGGCACUUUCAUCUCUUAGGUUUUCAAUGAGGCUACGAGGAAAACGUAGGCAAGAGAAGGGAAAACUUUACUUCGAGGCGCAGUGCAGGUAAAGCAAGAGCUGCAGGUAACAGCCAGUUGCUGCCCCACGGGUCAUGUUGCAUUCCCGUGCCAUUUUAAAAUCCCUCUACUCUGCAAAUCUUUACAUUCAUAAAAUAUGCCACUGUAAGGAUAAAAAAAAAAAAGUUCUUUAUAAAAAAAAUCCCAAUCAAUUAUCCCCAAAUCAGCAUUGGCAUCCUUUUUUUUUCUGCUGAAGAUGUUGUAGUCCAGUGGUUGCACCAUUUAUUUUCCAAGGCCUGUUCUGGUGACCUAAACUUGUGGGAAAGGCAGCUGGUAGUGGCCAGGAAGCCUGCUGCUCACUUGACUUGCAGCUCUUUUAUCCAUGUGUAGUAAUUUUUCUAGCAGAAAAGAGUUUAUUAGUGUGUAUUUUUAUUGUGCAGACUUUGCACCCUACGUAAAAUUAAUGAAUAAGCAGGUUUUAGUUCUAUUGCAUACUUUUUGCUGUACAUAUGGUAUAUAUAUAUAUAUAUACAUUUUAAAGUAAUUCUUAAAGAAAAGUAUACCCUCCGUUUAAUUUUCUAUGCUGUUUCCUCCAAAAUUAAAAUGUCCUUUAUUUUUAAUGACUUAACAUAUUGUGAUGCCUAAAAUCUGCCUUCCCCCUCCUGCUCCUUCAUUCCUUUUAGACAAAGGUUGCAUUUGAAAUACCUAGUUUAUCCAAGGAAGACUGGAAGUAAAGGCUACACUGAACACAUCACAAGCUACUUGCAUGUUAGUCCUCCUCAUGGGUGCUUUGAGCAGAAAUCAUCUGAUGGUGGCACAGUUCCAGAUGUGGUGUUUGCUGGGCGCGAGCCCUGAUGUGCUUGUGUAGCUGUCCUGUUGGGCUCAAGCCUCAGACCUCAUCAUGCUGGAUGGGAACCUUGGCAGAAGCCUGAAGUGGCUGCAGGCUGAAGCCGUUGUCAUCUUCAGGAAUUAUGCUCUGCAUGCACGAUGAUUGAUGGUGCUUUUUCCAUCCAUGGGGCUGUAAGGCAUUGUCUCCGUUCAGCAGUGGCUGUGUCACCUGUAUUUUUCACACUACCCAUGGUGAUGUCUUGUUGACCCCACUGUUGUGUUAUUUUCUUCUGGAGUUGUGAAAAUUUCAUUGCGUGGUUGCAAAACCAAGCAGAUUUGAGUAGGUGGAGAAGCAAGACCCACCUGCUUUGCUUUGCUCUCUUUCAUGGGCAUGCAGCCCAUAUGGGGCUGCGGUUCUUGUGAAGCUUUGCAGUUUCUCCCUCCUUGUCCAAGGUGCUCAUAGUUUCUUAUCUCUUGGCCUGUUGGGGCUAUGCAUGUACAGCAGUGGAUAUCUGUGGUAAUUCAGACUCAUCUAAAGCUGGCUGAGAUCCAUAGGAUCACAGGAAAACACCCUGGGCUUGAUGGCAUGAGGUGCUUUGGGGUGUUUGGAAGAGGUUGAAGCCAUGUCUUUUGCCGCUCUGUUUUUCCCAAACCCACAGAAGCUUUAAUAGGCUGACACCAGUUUUUACACGAUAAUUCUGGUGCUACCAGUUGUCAUCGUGCUGGAGUUGUUUUCCUGAUAUUUUCUCAUGCCCAUGUUUGGUUCCCCACCUGUAUCUCCGUCAAGAUGAUGAUGUUUUAAAGCAUCAAGAUAAAAUAGGAUGCCAGGAGUUACGGAGAGCUUGGACAGCACCUGACAUCUGCAACUUGGCUGCAGCAGCGUGGCCAAAGCAGUGCAUUUCCACUGGUAUUCCCCUAAUGAAAUAUGGCAGGGGAAAGACUUGUAGGAAUCACCAGGUAGGUUUUCUUGCUGGCACCCACCAGAGAAGCUAGAGGCCUGGCUUCUCCAACAGAGUAUUCUUACAUCUUCAUUUCUUUAAUAAUGUUAAGGAAAAUGGUAGGUGACAUUGAAUAAAAAUUGUUUUUCCAGAAAUGUCAAAGCAUACGCUGAGGUUUCAGAACUUGGAUGGCGCUUUGGCAUUUCUGUGAUUAAUGUGAUUAGAUUAUUCCUGCUGCGUGCCAAGGCGCCGUACAAAACAUAGGCCAGCAGCCUCAGGAGCCUUGUCUUUACAUUAACUUCUGGAAAUCUAUACACUGGUGUUAUGCUCUGGCCUUUUUGUGCGUGUUGUACGUGUUUUGUAUUCGUACCACCUCCAGAGGUACAAACAUCGGCCCAACAUUGAAGUACCCAAAUACCACCCCAAUAAAGCUCUCACUGAUGACUUUGUAAUCAUUUCCCUAGUUGACAGGCUACCUCAAAAUGCUUCAUGAGGUAUGUGGGAAUCACUAGCUCUUCAGAAUGUGGGCACUGUACAUUCUUUGCAGGGAUGUAUGCUGCCUUUUAAGUGUUUAAACCUGUCCUACGCACUACUAUCGAAUGGGAAGGGGCAACAGCUCCUGCGUCCAAGCUCUUGGUUAAAGAUGUGGCUGCGAGGCUGGUUGCUUAGUCCCUGUAGGGCAAGUCCCUUCCACAGGCAGAAGGGCUUCGUGUCUGGCCACUUCUUAAUCUUGAUCAUUUGUCCUGAACAGAUUAAUUUGAGGAAAAGAUACCUUCCAUGUCAGCUGCUGGUUAACCUUGAGUUCCUGCAUGUGUUCCCAUCUGGUGGUUGUUUUCAAUGUGUUUCGUUGGCAAGGAACAGUGGGAGAUGGCGUUUGUGAAUAGAGACAAAUGCUUCCCACUGAGGUAGAAGAAUGGAAAGGCAGGAGGGGGUGGUGGGCAGCAAGGACAGGAUUCAUGCCCCAGGGAACUGCAGAGCAGCACUUCUGUCUAUGUUAUGAGGAAGAGGUGGCACUGCCAGCACUUGAGCCCUCCUCUUUGCUCAGGUUCAGCCAAGCUGGGGGUAGCCCUGCCUAGGCUUGUCCAGGGGCACAUGCAGAAGCUUAGGGGAGCAUACAAGUGUUGGUUGCCUGUAAAGUUUGCCCCUGCUAUAUCAUUGUGUGCAGCACUGUGUGUACUUUUUAUGCUACAGGAACCAGUGGGAGUGACUUCCUUGUUGGACAGCCGUUCCUGUGCACUGGGGAAGAAAGAUGCGAUAACGGCUGAAGGGAUUUGAGGGAAAGAAAGGUUGGCUCCACCAUGAAAACAGCUUUCCAAAAACAUGUUCUGUGCCAUUUUUGCAAAGGAUCUGUGCAGUUUUUAACAAGGCUCUUUGCAGGUGAUCAUCACUGCUAUAGCAUUUCUGUGCCUGGAGCCCAGUGCUUGUACUCUAAGGCCUGCUUUACAGAAGCAGCCAGUGUUAGCAGCUGUUGAAAGCCAUGCUUUGCUUUGAACAAGUGAAGUGCUGUAAUAACAGCAAGUACUCCACAUAAUCUGUCAGCAUCGAAAACUGGGCCUCCUGCUGACUUUGGCUUUAUUCUGCCUAUGCCUAUGUUCCCCAGUGCUACAAUGAGCUGUAGUCAGUGAUACCUCCCUACCUCAAUGGAGUAUGAGAAAGUUGGGUUCAUUUGGCAUUGCAGUUUUUGUGAUCAAUAGUGAUGGUCUCUAAAAGAAAAGCAAGGAAGAUAUUUUGGAUGCAACAUACUGGGUAGGUACGUCUGCAGUGUUUGGAAGGUACACACAGAUAAGGCUUGGAGAAGUGCAGAAUGAUGGAUCAAAAAGAAAUCCACGUGCUAGAGAAGAAGAGGCAGUUGUAAAAGAAUUGCAUAUCCAAACGUCAGAAUUUAAGGCUACUCACAAUCCUUAAUUCUGGCACUUUCUGACUUUUACUUAGUUUUCCAAUUUUUUUUUCCUCUGCUGUUUUGUAUAAACUAUACUGGUGUAUUGUCUUCUUGGAAAGAUGCUGAGUUGUUAAAUAGAUUUGUUUUCAUGAUCUUGAAUGGCGUCUCACAAGUUGUACGAGAACUCCUCCAUCUCAGUGUCCCCUCAUGAAGGAAGGACCAAAGAAAUCUAAGGGUGAGGAGAACAAGUGGAUAUUGCAAUGGAGUUGGCAAGGACCUUGAGAGAACAUCAACAGCGGUCCGCCAGGCAAAGAUUAGCUAAACCAGACCCCUUUCUCACACUGGUCUUCAACCUGGCUGGAGCUCGGGUUGAAAAAUGGCUCAAAGGAAGUAUCUGACAGUAAACUUAAAUCUGCUGUUGCAGAGGUGUCUACAAGUAUAUGUUUCAGAGUCCACACAGCACAAAGGCAUCUGUAAUUUUUCCACUUAAACAAUGUGAAAAAAUUUGCUUUCUUAAAACCUCUGGCAAUGGAUAUUCACAGCCCCCCUAGACAAGCUGGUUUCAGUGGUUCACCCUGCUUACUGUUGGAUACCUUUCCUCCUGUCCGACCUGCGUUUCUCAUGCUGCCAUCUUAUUCUGUCUCUUUUAGUCUUACAGACCAUGUUCUCGAGAGGAGCUAUGGAAACAGUUUGUUUCCUUUCUUGCUUGCAGCUCCUUACAUAAUUAAAGACUGUUGUCAGAUGUCUUCUGCAUCCUCUUCUAGGCAUUUAUAAAGCCUUCCACCAAUGGUGGUUUGCAGCCCUUGCCAUGCUCUUACUGAUUCUUUAGGCUCUUUCUGACCAGUCUGUCUCUUUCUUGCACACAGAAUUAGAAAAUCCAAAAUCAGGGGAUGUACAUGUGUUGCCAUCUUACCAGCCUCAAGCAAAUGCAUCACAAACAAUUUAAGAUUUUAUAUACUCGGUGUGCUGGGUUUUGCAACAGCAUGCUUGCUGACUCGAGCGCUGUUUGAAAUGGUGUCCUCUCAGCUCCUCUGUGGUUGAGUUAGGACAAAGGUGAUCAUAUUUCAGUCUUUGCAGAGAGGCUUUUUUCUGCUUUGAUACAGAAGCUUGCAUUUAUCCUUACCAAAAUGCUUCUUAUUUCUUUUCAGAUUAUUUCUUGACCUUGUCAAGAUCAGUCUCAGUUCUCAGUGCUUACAGUCCUUCCCAGGGAUGUGCCAUCUGCAGGUUAAAUAAUUAUUAUCCAUCCUCAAAACAUCAGUUUACAUGUCAAAAAGAGCAGUACCCAAGGCAGGCAGACCUCAACAGGACCUCCCUUGAUAUCUUCCAGCAGACUGACUGUGAUACUAAUUAAACAGGCUAACUGUAGAAAUCAUAACCUGUUCCUCCUUUAGGCUGUUUCUUUUUCCAACUGUUGACUUUCUUCUUCUUCCUGUUUUUUGUUCUGUAUAGGCUAUAUAGAGUCCAAACAGUAGUUCUUGCCCUUCUGUAGUAGUUUUAGAAAAUUGGGGCUAUUAAAAUACCACAGUACACAUUUUCCAUGAAACCUAGCAAUAUAAAUCUUUUCUGUACAUGGCAGGUUGACAAAACACCACCUAACAACAUUCAUGCCUCCACUUAUUUCUGAUCAGAACAUGGGAAAAAAAAAAAACAUAGGCCUUCACCUACAUAUAAAAGUUAUUUUCAUUCGACACUCCCCAUCUUCACAAUAUUUAUAUUUGGAUUGCUUCAGCAGUCACGAGCUCAGGAUAUGUUCCUGUCUGUAGGCUUUCUUUGUAGGCAUCCACAGGCUUGGGUAAACCAAGAGUGUGUGAUGGAGAGGAAAAUACGUAUUCUUGCAAAUGAGCCUCAAAAGCUGCUCAUGAUGUAACUGUCAAAAAUGAUAUUGGCUAAACUGGGAUGCUAAAGGUCUAAGAGUUUCUUCUAGCACUAACCAGAUACCUGUUUAAGCACAAGAAUGAAUCUAGUGGCUGCCUAUGCCAAUGUAGUUUGGAAUACAGGUUUCUUCCGUGUAUUCUCAUAUCUUCAAGGACUGUUGCAUACAGGUAUAAAACAUUAUUUUCAUCGUCCAAUAAUCUGAAUAGUCACCAACAUUUACUUGAACUUUGCCGGUUUUAAUUAAGUUUUAUUUUAAAAUGGCAUUCACCUGAGUUCCUUCUGUCUCUCCUGCCAUCACUGUUUCUGCUCAUUUCCUCCUCUCCUUGUAUCAGUGGGCUUUCUAGCUUUCUGCAUUGCUGCUAUUUGUUUCAUACUAAUUGGGGUUACAAAGCAAAACUGGCUAGCAAUCUUUUAUUUUUUCCUCGUGAUCCUUCCAGCAGUAAGACACUCAAUACACAACAAGCUCAUUCUGCUUUAAAUAGUUUGAACAUCAGUACACUGUUGAGACCUGAAAAAAAAAGUAGCAUCAGUAUGUCUGAUGGAAGAGGUGUGACUGAGGGGUUGCGCCUUUCAAUGUGUUUGAAAAUCUGGUUGCAAAUCACCUUUGUCACCGAGAGUGACAACAACUGCAGCUGCUUUGAUUAGGAAAUGGAAAUAUCUUGUACUCGAAGGACGAAAUUCCCUGGCUGUCUGGAAGUUAGCAAGACAUUAAAUGUUGAUGUUCGCUCUCAGCCACUUCUGCUUUCUACCCAUGCUGUUCCUACUUUCUCCAGGAAGGUUUUAAGCACCUCCUGUGCUAUCAUGGGCAGAGGCUACGUGUCAGGCUGCUCAAAAAGCCAUUCAAAUAGUUUGUCACAAUGUAGUUGUGUCAUUUCCUUCCAAGCUGUGCUUCAAGCAGCACCCACCUAGCAAUGCAGAAUAACUGCUUGAAGAGCUCAGUUGUUUUUUUGUUUUUUGUUUUUUUUGUUCUUCUUUUUUCCCCAGCUCCCAGAAGCUUAAUCUGUGUUGAAAGUUAAUUGGAUUUUCUUUCGUAACGUUUUUAUUGCAAGGUGAUCCAACAGUUUUGUGUAGGUUUAGCUAUAAAGAAGUUCCUUCUAUUCUGUGCAGCAUCUUGCAUUACUCUCAUCAUUUGACACAUAUAUCUGAGUGCCUUCCAGAAGUGCAUUUAAGCAUAAUGACUAACAUCUGUCACACAGCAGUUGUUCUUUCUUUUAUUCUCUUCUUCAGAGAAGGCAGGAUGUGCCAGUGCAGCCCUGGUAUUUUUAACAUAAAUUAAUUAUCCAUUCUGUUCUGCAUUAAUGUCCUAAAGGGUGAGCUGAAGCACAUCUUGUGCUAACAGCAGCAGACCGUGACAGCUUCACAGCCAGGAGCAAACCAGAGAACUUUUGGGCUCCCCGCUAGCAAAGUUUGGCAUUUGCACAGAAGGUUGGCAUUGCACUGGAGGAGAACUUUCCUCCCCAAAGUUCACCUACCUCUAAAUGCUGGGGGAGGACAAGGAGCAUUGAGGAUUUCGCUGUUACUCUCUGUUUGUGAAUAAUCUGAAGCAAAAAAGACCUCACCUCCAGAGAGCAAAUGAAAAGCCAGAGGCAACCCUAAGUUCAGGCAGAGGAGCUUGAGCAGGUGAGGCAGGUGCUAUCUUGUCAUGUUGUUGACUUUUUAAGUCUAUGUUCACACCAAAUACCUUUCCAGUCACUUCUGGUCUCCCUGGCUCCACCUUAUCUGGUAGGUUAUCAAUUUGCCCACCUCUCUGGAAAAUAAAGGUACUUGUUCAUGUUUAUAAAUGCUCUCUGGCAAGUGAAUUUUGUCAAUGAGUGUGAAUUUAGCUCAUCCAUCUCUUGUUCCACUCAUAAUCAUAAAAAAAUAUAUAUUCUACUUACAAGUCUUCUAAAGCUGCAGUAUCCUCGUGAUUGCUUUUAUUUCUCUCACAAAAGGCUGGUGAAGAAAAGCCUUCCGUGGCACCCUUCCCGUGUGCUGUAAGCACCUUGCUGCAGGCAGCAGUGAUCUGCUGCAAAUGGAAGAAACCCCCUGAUGCCCAUUGGCAGGUUUAGAGCAUGUACAGCAAGCCCAGAGAUUAUAGGCUAAAGUUUUCUGUUAACCUCUAAAAUACUGAAGACAGCUUUUUAACUUUGAUCAGGUCUCAUAAUGCCCUCAACCUAGCAGAAUUAGGAAAAUAGCUUUCUGGCUCAAACGCUUACUUAGAAAGCUGAGAACAAGCACAGCAUUCGAUGAGGUGAACCAAGCCUCGUUCCUGUUAUCUCAGAACAUAUCUUUUCAAUUGGUAUUUUAUUCUUUCUCUCCAUCUGGUUGCAAAACAUCAAGGUCACUAGAGUAGUGUAGAUAGCAGCCUGUGUCUGAUGUUCUUUGGCCUUAACCAUUCCAAUGACUAAAGGCCUCCUGUUCUGCAGCUUUCAUGUGCUUACACAGCUAUUGCAUGGACAGUGGGAAUCUGGAAGCACGCAGAUGUUAACUGUAGUUGAGGCGAGUUUCUGCGAGGUUGGGGGUCACGCUGCAGCAAAGCAGUAGUUAUUUAGCUUAGCAGUUAUUUAGUGACUCUCGCUUAUUCACUCUGUGAUCAUUCUCAUGUCAAGUAGGGUUGCACAAAGCAGUUACCUAGGGCAGAUUUGAUCACACACUUGUAGUAGACUAACUGCUGACUAACACGCUGACUGUUAGCGUGCGGAAUCUUACUUAUAGUCAACAUAAAACAGCUUCCCCAGGGAUGAGCAUUUCUGCAUCUACUAUGAGUACUGCUCUGAGCUUAGACUGUUGCUUCUUACCACAACUUGAUGUUGUGCCUCGAUCCUUUGUUAUAUGUUACUGUAAUUCUGUUUCUCUGAAUGCAGAAUUAGGCUACAGUCUGGAAGUACACAUUUUGAGCUAAAUGCUGCAUUCAAAUUGUUUGCAGAAUGAUUGGAGUUGCUUGUUUCUGUGCACAUAACAGCAAGUCCCUAACACAUCAGCUUGGGAAUCAGCCCAAGGAGCUGGCCGAAUUAAUAAAUUUAGAUACGUACAAUGAGCAUAGCCACAGCAAAAUAGAUAUGAAGAUGCUGAGAUAAGAGCUGUGCAUCUGCCAGUCUUCCAUCCACUCUCUUGUAGUCCUGCUCUGGCUGCAGCUUCUGCAGUGGGAUGAGCCACCAGGAUGAGGUACCAUCAAAGCCUGCCCGUGGGGUCAAAGUGGCAGUGAGGGCAAGACGCUCCAGUUGGGCUUGAGUAUAUAAAGAGUCAGAGUGAGGUGAAAGAGGAACUGUACUGUACGUGGACAUUCACAGGAGACUGCCUCUUCAUCACUGCAUCUCAUGAGCUCCCCUGCUGCUGUUGAGCAGGACAAAAAGCAGGAGGCAAGUGAUCCUGAAAUCCAGGAUUACGUUAACCCAGUGAGCAAAGAACAGGAAAGGCGAAAACAACUCUGUUCUGGGUUCUGCAGGUGCACGACUAUUUUAGCCUUCCUUCACUAUCUUAUGGGACUCUGGAGGAAGGCGAUCACUCUGGGGAGCAUGUGGACGUUUCUGUCCUUGGGAUCUGAAAGUGAUGGCAUGCAAUUGGUGUGUAUGCUUGUUGCAUCCCAGCCUCUGACCUCAGUAACAGUGUUUUCUGCUUACACCAGCACAGGCAUCUCUCAGCGCUUUCGAGGGUGACCCUUUGAGUUAACUAGUGAUAGGUUUCUCCUAGCUGUCUUACUAAAAAAAAAAAAAAAAGAUAUAAAAGGAGAAAGUGCUGGAACUCCAAAUCUAGUAAAGAAACAUUUUUGCUGGCUAAGGUAUAAUGGAGAAGACAUCAUGUCGAAAGUAUUCCUGCACUCGCCCCGAAAGAGGAACAGAAAAGUCAGAGGAGGAGGCUCUUGAAACAUCGCUGAGAGGUAGAAGUGAAGACUAGGCCAUGGCUUGGACAUUGUAGGCUGCACAUCAGCUCUCUGGGGUAGGACUGAGCUACUGCUCAUGUAGUCUGUCUUUGAACCUCUUUUUGAGAUAGGCCCUUAAAAGCCCUCCAGCAGAGAGAUGCAUCCUUCCUUGCCCCUCUGUGCUGAGGAGGAGAAAUCAAGACCUGGGGGAUCCCUCCUCAGCCUCUUAGGUUGUUAACAAUGUGAAGAAGCUCACUUCCUCUUCCAUUCUGCUUCAUUACACUCAGCAUCCACAAGUUUCGAUGACACAGAAAGCACAAAUUUGUAUUUCCCUGUUUUUUUGGGGGGUUUUUUUUGUUUUUUUUUUUUUAGGUUGUAAUGAGUUUUAACUUUUCACAGCAAUGGACUUGCUAUUUCUUUAGCUGUGUACAAGUGGUUCAUUUCCCUCUUAAAAUAGAGGGGAAAAAGAAACAAAAAAAAUUAUCUAAAUGCCCAUGCUUGCUUUCAGAGCCUGAGAGGUGCACUGGAGUAACACCUGAGGGAUGCUUUGUCACUGCAGUAUUUGGGCAUUGAGGUGAGCACAGCAAAUACAGCAACAGUCUGACUCUUUCUCCACACUGCAACCCUGCAGCAGCCCUUGACUUCUUAUGAUACAUCCUGGGGCUGCUCUCUGCAGUUGCUCAAACCCCUUGCUAGCCUCUUCCUCUUUGCAGCUGUGAGGCUGUGUGCAAGAGGACAAGCAGGAGACAAUGACAUGGGUGUUUUUCACUUGCCUCAGCCUAAACACCAGCCUCGUUUUGGCAUCCAGUCUUCCAGGAGCCUUUUCUGCAGUCGUUCUUGCUAAUACUCUAGCAGGGAUCUUUUAUCCUGUCCAGCUCACAAGCCUUGGCAACCGAAGCAGUCCCAGCCAGCUAUAUGAUGGAGUGCCACAAUGCUAAAUAUUACCAGUUUCAGAAAAUGUGACUCCGAAGGCUUGGACUGUGCAUUAGCAAGAACAUACAUUUUUUUUAUAUGCAUUUGCAGGGGGGGUUCACUUCAACCUUCCACAAAAGGCUUUUGAGCCAGGCAGCAAUAUUUUUAAAGUUCUUUAUUAAAAAAUAAAAAUCAGUAGGUUUGUACCAGUAAAACCUAGAACUCUCUUUUUCCAAUGAAGGAUUUUUUCCCUCCCCCUUGAAUUUUGUACCGAUGCAGAAACUAAUGCAAACUAAGAGUUGCAAUAUCAGAGGAGAUCAGAACAAAGUGUUCCUCUUGAUGGAGUUUGAUGCAAUUUUAAGCUGCUUGUAGAAGAUUGGCUGUGAAGGUAAACUAAUCUGGGCUGAAAAAAGCUGUUGCUGUUAAACUAUAUUGGGUACGCUUCAGUAGGUGGACCAAAAUAGCUUUUUUUUUUUUUUUUUUUUAACCACCUCUGACAUCUAGGAAAGAUAAACACAUUUUUUGUCUUAGAUUGAAGGUGUGAUUCUUGCUGGAAGAAACUUACAUUUUUUAGAAACCAUCUCAGAAAGACAUUUGAAGCCAGAAAUAUUGUACGGAAGCCUAAAGAGAACAAAACAGAAAUCACAGAUCUGAGUCAACACCAGGCCACCACGUGCAGAGAUUUAUGGUUAAGUUAGAUAUGAGUUGUGACCCACCUGCCUGCAUUCCUGGCCACUCCCAGGCUCAGCCUGGUGCCUGCAGAGCUCCUGACCAAGGCUGGCCCCUCUCACUCUCCUGCACGGUACUGGUGCUGCAGCAUUGAAACCAGGCAAGAACUUGAGUUGGAGGGCUGCAUUCUGGGGACCCUCUGCUCCUGAUGUAAUACUUGGUCACUGGCUGAUGUCAAGUAAAGACCUUGCUUUCUGCCAAGCUAAACCCCCCACUGUUUCAACUGCACCUUACCCUCUUUUCUUUCUACUGAUAAGAUACUUUACAUACUGGUCAGCACCUGCUGCAUUUACUUCCACAAGCUGUAGUUGGUGGCAGACAAAGUGAUCUGCAUACAACCUCUACCUUACUCAUAAGCGUACAUUAUGAAGCUUAGCCCACAGUAAUGAAAUGUUUUGCUUUCAACGUGCGGUCCCUGUGGUCCAAUGUUCCCAUCGUCAGGCUCCAUUGUUCCAGCAGUGCAAUGUGUCAGUGUUUUCUGGCUGCCUUCAGUUUUGUAACGCUGGAUGCAGACCACAAUGCCCAGCUAUGCGGGUGGGUAUCCAGCUAGGACUAGAAAGCAGAUAGUAAGUUUUAGGCUCAGAAAAUGUACAAAGGCUCUGAAGUUAGACUUCAGAUGUCCCUGUGUACCUGCUGACAUUCUAUUUUCUGCUUGCUGCAGUAGCGGGACUGUGGUGGCAGCAUCCUUCAGUAGGAGCAGCAGCUGUGGUUAGAAGAUCCUGUGAAUGAAUUUAUCACAUACAUAUCACUCCCCUGGGCACACUUCCGGCUUCAUUGGGACUGGUAUCUAGGUGGCCACACAAGGGGCAGUUCUUGCUGUCUUUCUUGGCCAUAAACCAAAGUUGUUGCAGGCUCCUCUCCCUAUGUGCUGGUCUCACCAUGCAGCUUUAGGUAUAGGUUGUUUCUCACUGCUCUGUGAACCCACUGCUUGGUUUUCUUCAUCCCUUUCUGAACCAUUCCAAGAGUUCAUGAUUUUAUUUUUCUUUUUUUCUUAUACACGAAAAGGAACAUUUCUCUGUCAUCCUACAUGCAGGGAUAAGAUGCUUCUCAUCCACAUGUAAAUAAUCCAGUAAGUGCAGAAAGUCUAAAGCCUGAUGCAUUUUUUAAAUAUCAUUUUGUUUUACACAUCAUUAAUGCUUUUAUUGAGAGGAUGUUUUCACUUAUACAUAAUUUAAAGGGCAUAUGAUUUUCCUGCUCUAUGCUGAAAGCGGACAUUUCAAAGCACAAAUUUCAGAGCACUAUUUUUGUAGGUUGCAUUAGAUUCAUAGCUGGCAUGAAUUGAACUGGAUGCAGUUUCCUGUACUCAAGGCUCCUAAUGUUUAGUUUCCACGUGCCAGUGUGCACACUCCCUUGCUGGAGCAGAAAUCAGGCUCCUUCCAUGUGGAUUGGUUUCCAUGUAGGCUCAGUUUGGCACAUCUCAGUCCUCAGGCAUCAUCCCCACACCUCUGGGAAUUUUCCAGGCAGAGCAUUAUAGAGCUGUAGUAGUGUGUAUCUGCAUUUGUGCCUUUUUUGGGCAGUGGUAAGGCAGCCUCUUUGUGGAGAUUGCCAUUUUGUAAAUAAGCUUCUUCUCAAGCACCACCACUAGGACUACAAAAGAUGGAUGAUAAUUUCUCCCCGGAAUUGGUUUUUCACUGCAGGAUCUGGAUUUUGUUAAUUUGCAUAUAAUUAGAAAUGGCCCCAGUUCUUCAGUUUGCAUUAUGCCUGUGGUACUGAGUGAUCUUGGAUCACGUUUUACUCUGCACUAUGCUGUGUCUGGGAAUCACUUUAUUCGUCACUGAAAAUCAGCUUUUGUGGCAUAUAGAUAUCUGCAGGCUUUGAUGCAGCAAAAGCCUCUGCCUCCAAAAAUAAAAUGCUGCUUCUCAUAAACUUUCAAAUGAGUUGUUUUUUAGAGACUGGAAAAGUUGCCAAGAAUAUCUGCAUGAAAAUCGAGCAUGCUGACUGAAGCAUGAAUUUACUGAUGCCUUUAGGCCAGGCUGGAUGUGGCUCUGGGCGGCCUGGUCUAGUGGUUGGCGACCCUUCACAUAGCAGGGGGGUUGAAACUAGCUGAUCAUUGUCCUUUUCAACCGAGACCAUUCUAUGAUUCUUUAAAAACCAGGUCUGAGCAGCACUCAGGCUGCAGGUAAGGUUUCAGGCUGUAUGAUUUCCUACAACGCUUCGGUGCAACACCAGCCUGGUGUGAAAAGCUUGACAGUCUGAUUGCUUUCCUGCAUGUGAUCCCAAAGGACAGCGGGUGCUGCUAUGCCAGGGUAGCAGUAAGACAGUCCCAGCAUGGGUUGGGAGGCAGCCUUUGUACUGCUUUUCUUGGAGAAAAUAAGGAACAGCUGUGGUUUUUAAAAAUGGCUGCAGUCCAGGUGGAGGUGAAAUUGCAAGGAGUCGCAGGCAUAGGUAAGGGCCUCUCCCAGGCAGCAAAAAUAUAGUACACUUGGACACCUUCCCUGGGAGAGCAGUGUGGAAAACUACCCUGCAAUUUGAUGCAAUUUUCUAGCAUUAGAUUUAUUAUCCAUUGAUUAUCAUUUGCCAAAAAAUCUUUACCAUCAGAAAAGAACACACACACACAAAAAAAAGGGAAAAUGAGUAAUUUCUGUACUGUACUUUCCAUGCUGGCACAUUUUCAGUACAUACAGUGUUUGGUUUUGGUCUUAACACUGAGAUCAGUGUUACUGAAACCAAAUAUUUUCAUGUAUCUACAUACAAAAGGUGGUAAUACAUGACGGCGUUGCAAGAUCUGCACAGUGCAUGUGAUAAGAAGUGUGGAAACAACUUCUUUGCCCAGUGUAAUGUCCAACAACUGCUUAUAAUCUUGCAUGUCUCCAUCACUGCCAUGAAAACAGAGAUGUGCAAGUUUGCAUGCUUGUUCCCUGGUGAACUUUGGGUGGGAGAGCUAUGUCUGCAGCAGGCCAGCUUAGAUCUUCAGUAGCUGCUGCAUGCAGCUGCUCAGAGGGUUGAAACACGAAAGCCAGGGUCAUAGGACGGAUUCUUUCAGCAGUUUUCUUGUCUGGAUCAACACUGUAGGUGCUGCGAAGCUGGUGCUUCCCAUCCCCAACUCCCAGAUCUUAUCCAGACUUGUCUCUUUCCAGUUCUGCGUCUGCAAAGUAAGAUCUGUGUUUUUAGCUCCAGGAUGUCUCACCUUGGUUUCUACUUGUUUAAGUGCAUGUCUUUGGAGCAACACUGGAGACUGGGGCACUGUUUCUGAAAUUCCUUUUCUCCUCGGGUAUUAGUGUUAUCUGUUUCUGAAAAAAUGACCUUUCUGAUAGUUGCUUAUUGGUUCAGUGCAGGAAAAGGUUUACAGUUGUACCUGGAACAUCCCAGUACACAUGCAAGGUGUGGUUCUCCCUGUUUUGACAACCCAGGAGUGAUUUACAGAACUCAGAAAGCACGGCCAAACACAGACAGCAGCUUCUGACUGCAAACUCCAGCAAGCCAAUACUUCCAUUUUAAACGGAGCGUUCUCUAUAAAGCUUUGCUCUUGGCUGGCAUGCAUCAGGUAUUGGACAGGGGUUGCCUGGUAAAACACCUGCAAGAGUUGACAACUAUGCAAACAGAGCCUGGGAAGUUAUGUUCAGUGAUCUUUUUGUCGGGUGGGUACCUGCUGAAACCUUUUGAGACAUCUAAGAUUGACAGUUUGUUUAUUUUCCUGAGGUCCUGCUACUCCAGCUUUCUACUCAUCCUCUCAUACCCUCCUCAGUUUAGCUGCCUGGUCCAUGUAGGUCUGCCCUAGGUAGUCUGGGCUUUCAGCUCAACAUGGUUAUUCACAGGGAACAAAAAAGCCAACAGCUGGAAUAGGAGAAGCAGAAGUCAACAUGCAUGUCUUGUGUGUUUAAGAAGAAAGGACAGCAUCUGGCCUCUGUCAGGAAAAGUUCUCCUCGCUCAACCUCCUUCUAGGAGCACGCAGAGCUGAGUGAAGGCAGAUAUCUUGACUGCUUGCUCCUAUCUUCCUGCAGCUUCCUUCCUUCUUACGUGUCUCCUGUCUUGUAGUCGCCCAGCAGUGUGGUACAGCGUGCUAGACAUGUCAAGGCGAUGUCUGCAUAUCCAAAGUCCUUCUUGGGGAUGUUUUCCUUCAUGAAAAUGAAGAUCGGAUGUUAGGAACGUCGGCAUUUACUAGGCGGCUUUCAUUGUCUUGUUCUUGCACUAAUUGUCCUUUCGCCGGUAGGGUGGUGAAGAGAAAAAAGCCGGCUUAAUGCGUAGUCAGAAAGCAGAAGUAUAAAAGUAUAGAAACAAACCCACCAGUAAGUACAUAAAUAGGCUAACUGUAUGAUAGCGUGUAAAAGGAGGCAGUCUGCAGCGUGACUCCUCUGUAAACUGCAUGAUAGCAUUGGUGAAGCCUGCUGCAGACACUCGGCAGGCUUCCCAGGGUUGCUUUUGCUAGACUUUGAGUAUCAUAGUUGCAAAGACUCGUAACUGUUCUGAGAGACUCUUGUUUUUUUCGUAAGCUGUGGCCCUUUGCUUUCUGAAUCGGUUCAUAGUGAUGGAGUUAAUGGAGCUGUUCUUUAUCGUAACCUAAAAGGUGUCAGUUGUUUGCUUGUAUGUGUUCACAAGCUGACCCGUAGCAUUAUGCAUCCCUGAAAUGGUGUGAUUUGAAGCACUUUUGGUGUGGCAUGUACAGUUGCAGUGCCAUCUGGUUUUGAUUUAAUCCCUAGCUAUCACACGUUCUCCCCAUGUUUUGGACACUAAACCAAACGAACUUUCAAACUAGCACUUUAAGUACUAGUGGUCACUUUGCUUCUGACUAUAUUGAGCACUGCACUUUUGUAAGUACUAUUAGCACUGAGUUUUGAACCACUUUUUUUUCCCCAGUCUCUUAUGCAUGGUAUUAAUUACUUAGAGGCCAUCAGAAGAUAAUUUUGAGGUGUACGUGACCACUGUCUGGUGCCUAAUUUCCACUGCAUAUCUCUUAGUAAUUUUAUAAAUGAGGGAAAUGAAACCGUCAAAGAUUGUUUUUACCUACUAGACUGAAUAUCUGUAUCAUUGACAUCCAGGAAGAUGUGGUUGCUGUAAGCUUUGAGGUCAUUCAGAGAACCGAGCGCAUGGUUGUUUUUAACACCAAAGAUAGAGGAGACAUCUCAAAAGGGAUUGGGAUAGUGCAAGAUGGUGUAAUUUACAUUUUGAUUUGCAUGGACAGCAGGAUGUGAAACAGAACCAGAGCUAAGAGUGUGUGGCAGAUACUCUCGGUUUUGGUAGGAGAACCCGAUCUGCAGUAGCGGGUUGGGUCAGUGGGAAAGCUAACUUGAAACUGCUUGUAGAUGCAGAUAUCAGUAACAACUGCGCUCAAGCCAUUGCAAUACAAGCCAUCAUUGUGCCUGUACUGAAAGUGCUGUUGGGAUCGUUGUGGCUGAAACUACAAUUUUUUUUUUUUAUAAAUAAAGGAUUUGCAAAUGAUUUAGACGAUGGAGCAUAUAACCACUGGGUUUGCUGUUGAGAUUGGAGACAAGCAUUAGGAGCUUAGCAAGUGGUAAGAAGCCAUGUCGAUGUGCUUUCCUAUCCUUGUUAGAUUCCUGCAAUAUUUCAGCAUGGCUGGUGUAGGACCUGAGUUGCCUCUCCAGCAAAAAAUCAAUGGGAUAGAGUUUGUCCCAAAUUGCAAAGGCAUAAUUCUCUAGGAUUUGAACCUGGGUGAUGAUCCUCAGGAUGCAGAAUGUUCCAGGUUUCGAUAUUCCAAACCAUACCCUCUCAACCCACAGAUGUCUUUUGCUUCUCGAAAAGCUAUCGUGGGUUUACUGCAGCAACAGGUAAACCACUGUGCUUGCAAGGGUUCUGUGCAUCCUUCCCAAUGAGGUAUCCAUGCACGAGGCCCACAGGGGAGCCCUUCCAUUGGAGCCUUUCCUUGGCAAUGCUCCUGGAUGGGAUUUGCUCCUUGGUGACAUGAGGGAGGGGGAAAACUGCAUCAGUGCAGGCAAUUGCUUGAAGGAGGAGAGAUGAGUUAGGUCUUCUUCACUUCUAGCAAGCAGCUGUGGUGGAAUAACCUCUGGUGGAAAAAAAAUGUGUUCAUUUUGCUUGUUUCAGCGGAUGAAGUAUUGCCCUGACCAGCUGGUUUUGCUUGGUUCAACCUAGGCUUUCUUCUCCAACAGAGCUUUAUGGGUUUGGGUAUUCAUUCAGAAUUGAAGGUGGUUAAAAAGCAACAAGCUUUGAGCAGCCCAAAGUGUUACGCUCUUAUAUUCUCCAUUGUGUGAUUUUAAAGUGGAAAUGUACAUAGAUUCCAGACUGUUUUCCUCUCCUGGCCAAAUUAACCCUGCAAAUGUAGCUUUAAAGAACUAGCAUCCAGUGGCUUGGGUGCUCCCUGUCAGUACCCAGGCGCUAAUGGAUGAGGGGACUGCCUCUCAGAAAGGCCUGCAGAGGGCGUUGGCCCCUCUGGCUGGCGCUGGGACACAGUGGGAUGCUUUUGCAUACUUCAGCCCACAUUCUGUCAUCCUCUGGGGAGCUGAGUGCUUUCUUUCCUUCUUGGGAAAGGAAGCUGGCAAGGAAGAGGGACGCAGAACAGGUCUCUGUGUUUUUUUCCACAGGUGUAGUUUUUUGCCCCUCCGAGUUGGCAUCUCGUCCUUUGGGAAGGUAAAGUUAAGCAUUUUCUGCUGCACGGCACACAUAAGGCCUGAAUGUAAUGCAUAGCACAGCACCUCUUUCUCGGGAAGGACCUUUUAAGCAGAAGACGGUUCUUUUAGGAGAUUUCAGUUGUUUGGGUUUGAGGCGGCUCAUGGGAAGUGCAUUGAAAUGGCACAUGGACGAUGUUUUACUUACCUUUUCUUUCUCUCCAUCAGAGACAUUUUUAAUUUCUUUCCAUAGUUUAGAGCUCUUUCCCAAAAGUGUUUCCCAGCCCAUGUGAAUGACCUUGAAAUGAGUCAAGUUUAUCGAACAAAUUGUGCAUUGCAGGAAGCAGUCUCCAAAUGCACACACACCCAUGCACCCAUCAAUGUGUAAGUGCAUGUAUGUGUGUGCACAUAUACCUACAGACAGAGAAUUUAUUUUCCCCAGCUGUUCUUUUUGUGGUUUUAUUAUUGUUAUUAUUAUUUUAUUAUGUUGGGGGGUUUUGUUUUCAGAAUAUUAACCAAAAGGUGUUUUAAAUUCAUGGCAUGAAAAACCCUAAAUGUAAAUCUGAGUACAUUGUGGUGUUGAUUAACAGAUUUUUUCUGAAACUUAUGUGAUGCUCAAUAUUUUUCUUAGGGAGUUUUGUUUAAUGUUAGAUCAUUGUUCUGAAGGAUGUUGGUCCUACUGGAAUCAAACUAAUGGAAAUAAAAUGCAUGUGUUACAAGUGUAGAAACGGUGAAGAAUUAAGUGUGAACUUACUGUACAAUACCGAUUCUGUUUUCAAACGAUCUGUUUCGCUGUUCAGUAGUUGACAUAUAAAAAUGCAAAUGUACUGUAAUUUAGCACUUUUUCAAUUGACCCUGUUCUCACUAUGCCAGAAGUAAGGAGCACUUCUGGGGCUGUCAGGACCCGUCUCUCUUGACGUGCAGACCCUGUGAAGCGCGUCAGGGAAGGGUCAAGCUCUUCAUCCUUCCUGCACAUUUUGGUACCAGAAUUGGCCAGAAGGAAAGGAAAGUGAGAGAGUCUCUUAGUCCCCUAGUGUUAACAGGGUGCAAAGUGUUACAUGUUCCGUACUGUACUGAAAGGGUUGGUUGGUCAGUGACUGUAUUGUACUGUAUGACGAUGCAUAAAUUGCCUUGUAUUGUUUCUAAUGGACUGUACCAUGUCCCCCGUGGAUCUCCAUGUCCCCAGUUUUUCAACAAUGAUGCAUGUUAUCAGUUAGGUCCUACAACUCUGUGGUGCUAACUUUCCCAUACCUGAUGGUGCUUCUGUGGACACUAACUGAGGACAUGCUGACCAGAGCUUGAAGUUUCACAGUAUUUCUCCUCUGUUUGUACGAAGUGAACACACACACACACACUAAAUGAUAAACUUGAAUUUGUUUCAAAGCAUCAUUGACAAUCUAAUGUUUUCUAUGUGUGCUUUUAUUUGGGAUGGCUUUUCCAGAAAGCAGCUCUUUCCCCCUUGGCUCACAGCCGCCCCUGUGCUCCAGUAGGCAAUCCUGUCCCCUUUCUCUAUGGUGAGCAUGGGGCCAGGACUCAGUGUGACUCCUCUGCCUUUGGAGGUAAGCUGCUUCCCCAGCAGCUCUCUGCAUGCUUACCUGUGCCUAAAAAGGACACCUGUGACCACUCCAUCCCCAGGUAGGUGGGCACUGCGGUGCUGCUCCAACUCCUCCACAACCAAAAGUGGAGUCUGUGUCAAGAAUUGGCUUUUUACCAGAAGGGAGGGAACUACUGAAAGGGAGCUGGAGUUCCAACAGGCGCCUCCGUCCUGUGGGGGGACAGCCCAUGCAUGCAGCCCUGCUGGCAGAGGAGUCACUGCUGGUUCUGGAGCUUCAUGGGCUGUUGGAUGAUGUGGACAGACCUUUCCCAUCCCAACCCCCCCCAGAAGAGCUGCUUUUUGGACAAAACAAAAUCUGAAUAUAUUUUAUAUCUAUUUGAAAACAAAGUCUGAUAUUUACCCCUGUUACCAACUGAAUUUGCGUAUUGUUGUUUGCCACAAUAUUUGUUCUGUCUUAAAAUAAAUUUGCUUACUUGUGUAGUCUGAA